GCAUUUGAAGUAUUAGAGUUACCAAAGAGCGCAAACGAAACAGAAAUUAAGCAAGCAUAUCGUAAACUUAUAACUCAAUGGCACCCUGAUAAACGGACAAAUAAAAGCGAAGAAGAGAAAAAGAUAGCAACGGAAAAGUCUCAGGAAAUAAUAGCAGCAUAUCAAAUAUUAACAGGCAAGAGUAAAAAAGAGAUAGAUGAAGAGUUAGAUAAAAUAUUGAAUAGAAUGUCUAAGAUUGCUAAAAGCUUAUUCUACGGUGUACAUUUAAGUGAAAAAGAAAUCGAUUUAUUUGAGGCUCUUAGCAAUAAAGACCUAGAUCAAACAAAAAUUCUGUUGGAGCAAGUUCAAGACAUCAAUGCACAGACCAUCAAUGCUGACAGAUUUCCUGGAAAAUCAAUACUGCACUAUAUUGUAAAAAAUUCUUGUAAUAAUCCUAAGUCCGGUUGGAUAGAGCUUCUGGAAGGAGUUUUAUCAAAGUAUGGAGUUAACCUAAUAAAUCUGAAUGUUAUUAGUAUGCUUGAAGGUCCUCCUUUGAAUCUUGCGUGUGAACUAGGCGAUCUUGAUAUCGUAAAUAUACUUUUAAAGUAUGGAGCAGAACUUGAUGCCCGCAUACUUUAUUUCGUUUUAAUGGAUAACAAAAAUGAUGUUGCUAAGGUGCUCCUUGAACAUGGUGCUAAAAUCGAUGCAGAUCCUAAAGCAGAAAAGUUAAUCAUUGAUAGUAUUACAAAAUAUAGCCGGAGUACAGUAGAAAUGCUCUUACCAUACAUGUCCAACAGACAAAAGAGUAGGAUGUUAAAGUCUAUUGAUUAUAGCGAUCAUGAGAAAAUUGAUCAUAAUAUUGAAUUAAAAGAAUUACUAUUGGAAGCAGGUGCUGACCCUGAAUUUUGCGAUAAAACAGAAAGGAGAUGGAUAAUUAUAGUUCCAGCGUUAUUGUUUGGGGCUAUAGGUGCCGCACUUGCUACAAUGGGAAUUAUACCUGAGAUUACUGCUAUUGGAGUAAUUGCAACAGCCGUGCUGUCAGGAAUUGCUGGUGCUGUAAUAGGUGGUAUAGCGGGGUGUCUUGUUGAUAUAGCAAUAAAUCAAUGCUGUGGUAAUCAACAGUGUGCAGUUCAGUAG